AUGAACAUACGAAUGUAAACGCUGUUGAUGGUUAGCCCACAGUAAAAGAUGGCAUGAGUACAUUUUGGAAGUGGUAUAGUUCAUGAACUAUACCAUGCGAGAGACCCAUUUACAAGCGAACCCUUCCGAGUGAGUCUUUUAUCGGGAAACCUUGUACAGUAAGUGAGCUACCUACUGAGUUAGAAGCGCUAAACGAAUCACCCAAAUUAACUGUUUAACUCAAACUAUUCGGUACGUAAACAUUACGAGCAACUGGAUCAGUGAAAUUCAACAGUGUUUUUGAUCAGCACAACGGCCUUAUGGAAGAAUUCAGUACUUCAAUAGCCAGCUUUUAGAUAACAAUAUCCUUGCUUUUACAUUUAAUUUUUGCAUUGAUUUCAUUGAUAUUAUCUUUCUUUGUUUUUAUUAAUUUUUAUACAAUCAUUGUAAAACUUGCAAACUAUGGACCUGUUCUGGGUUCCCCACGAUUCUUUGCCUCCUACGUAGGUAACAGGAGCCAGAAAUGUUAAUGGCGCAUUGUCCAGUGCAAGCGAACUAAGAUGCGGAGUCCCACAGGGCAGUAUUCUCGGUCCUCUGUUUUUCUUAAUCUAUAUAAACGAUCCUCCAAACAGCCUUAAUACAGCAUGCGCUAAAAUGUUCGCAGAUGAUACAAAUAUUAGCAUUUCUGGUUCCUCUCUAGCUAACCCUGAACAAGAGACUAACUCAGAACUACUGAACCUUCACUGUUGGUUACAAGCCAAUAAGCUUAGUCUUAAUGUUGCGAAAACCGAGUUUAUGGUUAUUGGCUCUCGCCAGAAACUUCUUGCGGAAAGCCAUAUAACGAAAUAAACAUCAAACUAGAAGACCAAGUUAUCAGCAAAGUUGAUCACGCAAAAUCAUUAGGUCUCAUUAUCGACAAUCGGCUUUCCUGGUCUAAUCAUGUUAACGAAUUGUGUAAGAAGGGAACUUCGGCUAUAGGUGCCCUUAGACUUAUCAGCUGGGCCCGGUUGCAUAAAACCUACACUUAAGUGCCCACUUACGUAGGUCACUUACGAAUCCGUUAUGGAUACACUUACGGGUGUUGCAUGAAACGCACUUAGCACUCUCGUAAGUUACUGUUUUACGUGGUAACUUACGGGCUCACUUAAAGGCACACGUAACUUUGAUAUAGUACUUUAUUUUGUCACUCUUUUUUUUUUAAGCUAAUCAUCGGUGAGUGUAAAGAAAGUUUUAAGUCGUUUCGAAUACUUUUAAGCCUCUCAAAAAAAUGAAGUUGCCAGCAAUCCUUAUUUUUCUCUAAUGUCUACUGAAAAUGAUAAUUCUUCUUCUUUUUUUCACAACGUCGGCUUUAAAGUGUACAUCAGAGGUUAACAAAGCGCAUUAGAACGAAUUACGUGAAGAAAAAUUACUUUUUUCACUUCUCAGUAAAAGAUUUCGUUAACUUUAGUAAAAACAGUAACCGUACGGGACCUACAUAGGUCCCGUAAAUUUACGUGCUAUUUUUCCCGUAAAAAAACGUUUUAUGCAACUCCCGCAAUUUCUGUUGCAUAAACGACACUUAAGUGAACACUUACGAAAAUCGUAAGUGCGACCACUUAAGUGAAUUUCCUAAGUGGACCACUUAAGUGAUUUAAUGCAACUCACUUAAGUUACGAGUGCACGUACGUAUACCCUUGGUUGUUACGGGCGUUUUAUAGAACCGGGCGGCCCUGCAGGCCCCUUAUCUCCCAAUCUACCGCGGUGGCUAGAUUCAACCUCACUUUGAUUACUAUAGCCUCGUUUGGGACAGCUUAAGUGAUCAACUGAGUGACAAGUUACAAAAAUUACAGAACCGUGCAGCUAUAGAGUAAUUUUAAAGGGCAACUAUGGGACUAGCUUCUUCAACUAUGAGCCUGCUUCUUGAUAGACUCAAAUGGGACAAAUUAGUUAUAAGGAGAAAGAAGCAUAAAGCGAUAAUGAUGUUUAAAUCUCUAAAUGAACAAGCUCCAGUGUACUUGCAGAACCUAUUUCACGAACGAAGCACUGACUAUGAUUUGCGCAGUUCCUUUCAUGACAUUGCCCAGGCCGCGUACUAACUACUUGAAACGAAGUUUCAGUUACAGCGGUGCUUUGUUGUGGAACUCUUUACCGGAAAAUGUGAGAGGAAUUAAAUCAAUCAGGAAAUUCAAAGAGCAAAUCAAUCAUCUAUUCGAGUCGUCGGACUCUCACUCGGCAGUCUUGUAAAACAGUAUGUCGGUAGUUUUUAGUCUAAUUAAUUGUAAUUAGAUUUUUACGCUAUUGUUACUGAAGAUUUCACAGAGUUUUAAAUAAAGGAUCUACCUACCCACCUACCUACCUACCUACCUACCUACCUACCUACCUACCUACCUACCUACCUACCUACAGUUCUUUUAAAGUAGGCAGAGGCCAUAAACUGAUCACAAACCGAAUUACCAGUUUGAACAGUACCUUCUGUGUCUUUAGUGAUUUCUUCAUUGCUAGUGCUGCACUUGGGCGCCAACACCUCAAAAACCUCAGCAGACGUAGCCUCCCACGCAGGCGUUUUUAGGGGAGCUCGUUUUUCAUGGGGACGAAAGACAAGCUCCCCUAAAAAACGCCUGCGUGGGAGGCUACAGCAGACGUAACUUCACUAAUCUUUUCAUACUUAAAUGACCAGUUACUCUAAGACAGUGGCUAGUCUUGCGCUUAAAGCUUUCUUCUUUGCACAGCGACGGUAGUAUGUUAUUGACAAUGUUAAUUCCCACAGGUUGUUUGUCAAAAGCAAAACGCUUAGAAUUUGACUUAAAGUAAAACACUGUUACUUCAUUAGAGUAAGCUUGCACUAAAACGAGAUACAUUUGAUAUAUUUCAACAAGACAACAUUCGUGUUUCUCCUUUAAAGGAUGACAAACGUGCUUUAAUACACGUGGCUCGUAUUCAAAUCAGUAAGAUUACCGUGAAAAGGUUUCACUACGUUUUCUUCGAAACUAAUUAAAUUCAAACCAGCAUCAAAAUUUGCUACAGUUAUAUUUCUAUGUUUACCGCCGCGAAGCCCAAAUAACUUUCCGUUAUAAUAAUAAACUGUAUGGAGCAAUGAUUUGCUUGACUUACAACCUGAAGGUCCUAAUUCUCAGAACUUUUGUUCUUCAUUUUCUGUGACCGGCACCUUCUCUUCUUUCUUGUUUUUAAGAGUGACUCCAGCCCUUGUUCCAUCCUUCAUUUCAGCAUCAAGCGCUUUACGAAAGAUUCUAAACCCUAGAAAACAGAAAAGAAACAUGGUUAACGUUUAGUACAACCAAGAAAGACAAGAAUCUAAAAUGGGCACUGUGAACUCUACAGAAAAGAUGUGGCGGCUAAUUACCACCAAAACUCUACCUGUUAUCCAAAGUACUCAGCAAAUUUAAAUCAUCACCGGUCUUUUUCUCUGCAAGGCUUCGACGGAUGCCGUCAAUAUUACGGGGGAAGAUUUCGCUGCCUCUUACACAAACUUAGAAAGCCAGUAAUUCAAAGACAAGGCGUUCAUCACCGUCAAAGAUGUAUCCAGCGACUGAACCAAAUGAAACUCGUAAUCUUUGAAUAAACCACUGACUUCAAAAUUGGGUACCUUUAUCAAUCUCUCUUUCUGCCACUGUUCGAAUAUUUCAUAGGCCCAUCUAUCUUUGUAACGCGUGGACUUUGGCACGGCACUUUCCAGCAAAUUGGCCUCUUCAUCGGCUGAUUUUACUUGCCGAAAACGUGAUAAAGCCAUUGCAGAAGAGAGUGAAGACUUCAAAAUUAAACCUUGAUUUUAUAAUCAUCCACAGCAUUGUGAUAACAUUGCUCGCACCCUUUCUGAAAUGACAAAUCGCCAUAACAAUACAAUUUUUCGUAACAACAAACUUGCCAACAACAUGUGAAAAAUUCGUAAAUAUUUCCAUUUUCUUUUAUUCCUGAGGCGCGAUUGAGAAGAUCAGGAAGAUGUUUCAAAAACCCGUGCAAUCGGGUUACAUCAGGGUUUCCAAACAGUCGAAAACCAUAAAAGUUUUGUCGAGUUUGGAAACCCUGCAUGAUGAAACCCUCGCACUAGUUUUUGAAAUAGUAACGUGACCGCUUUAUACAGGUCAAAUGUACAGAAGUAUGGCGAUAUUUUCGGUAAGUUGUCCGGUCACGGACCGUUAUAUACAGAGUGACAGCUAUAUACUGGGCCGCACUGGGUUUGACUGUAUUUUUCUUUUAAUAUAACUAGGUGAAAGCGAUCAUUCAGUUGGAAGUGAUCCCUUUCAAAGUGAUAUAUCUCAGAACGCCUCGUCGAGUGGCUAUAAACCAUUUCACAAUGGCAAAGAAGGCAGUUUUCGCCGUAUGGGUGAAAGCCUUUCUUUACUCCCUUUAUUUGACUCUCUAUUAGGCUAUCUUUUAAAAAAUCUAAAACUUGUCUUCACACAGCCUCCUCCUCGGGGCUUUUCCUCAAAGUCCCUAGGAACGAGGUUGGUCUUCACAUCAAUUGAGUUCCAAAAAUAAUGAAUCCUGGGUUUUGUUAUUCAAGACUAUAUUCGGAAGCAUUGAAACUGUUUGGUCUGUCGCAAAGGAUGGCAAGGAUGGACACAGAUUGAAACUUGAAAACGUUGAGCCAACUUUUUCAAUUUUUAAUGCUCAGUAUCUGCUAAAAUCACCCAAAAAGUUAUGGUUAGUGCUCCCUGAUGAAAUUUGUUUGGUAUCUACUGCACAACUCUAAGGGAGCAUUUUGUUUAUGGUGAAGGCACUAAGUAAUGACUUAAGCACAGAAUAGACCUUAAAAGAAGAAAUAUCCUCGUGACAUAGCCCCUACACUAAAACGUAAAGAACGGAAAUAACGGUUUGUUUUACUUUCAUUAUUUACCAGCUCUGUCGAUCAUCGGAUGGGAUGCGAGUCCAGAAGCCAUGUCAGCUGUUGUUGAGCUGAUAAACAGACAUCGCGACUUACUGAACCUUGGUACUGAUACUGAUUGUUUUAACGGCUCUGGUAUAAACGACGUGAUAUCAUAUUUUGAACACAACACGCUGAAGUAUUGCGUGCUCGUUGCUGAUGCUGACAAAAUCCAGGCUGUACUUGAACAAGAAAGAAACCUGAGGCUUCUACAAAUUGCAGAUAGGAAUGUUGGUAAGUUUCUUAACACACACUGGUUUACACCCGGAAUUUUAAUUUCAACUUCUUAUCGUGCUUGUAUCAGAAAACUAUAAACUGGUUUCUAUAUAGGAGCACACCACUCUGAACGGGCGAGAACUAAGCCUUUGACCGCUCUCGCGCACGUUUUCAAACAGGCUAAAAUACGGGUGCAGUUUUGCAGUCUGCAAUGAUCCUAGUUUGAGAGGUUUUUCAAUAAUUAUAGUAGGUAGAAUGACUCAAUUAUCACUUUCAGAGCUUAUAACUCGUAUUAUUAAAAACUGAAUCAUUGGAUAACGCAAUUAUAGCUUUUUGAUUGGCUUAGCCAUCAUGGUAUAUUAUACACUUAAUGUCAGACCCCUAGGGAAACAGUUAGUUUUGUUUUCCCGAGAGUCCUGAUGUUUCCUGAGACGAAGUCGAGGGAAACAUCAGGAUUCGAGGGAAAACAGAACUAAGGGGCCGACCAUUUAACUCUUGAGGGGUGUGGUGGGUGAUUUCUGGUCACCAAGAAUUUUUUUUUUCCUAGCAGUCUGGUGGUCAGGAUAUUUUUUUCCCUUUUUUCCCCAUAAGCUUUCUAUUACAUUUGUGCUGCAUGCAAUUUUUUUCUUCCGACAAGCGCUUGCAGGAAUUUUUUUCUCAAAAUCAGCCCCCCCCCCCCUCGAGAGUUAAAUGGUCAGCCCCUAACUGGUUUCCCGAGGGACCUGACAUUAAGUGUUUUGUUGCAUUUCUAGACUUUCACAUUGGCGUACUUAGUUCAACAACAACAAAGAAUACGCUUAAGCGGAGCAAUCAAAACAGUCCUCUCGGUACUUAUAAGAACACAAAUUUACUUCUCAAAACCACUGAAUGAAUGAUUUACAAACUACUUUCGUUAUAUUAUCUGCAUCUUUUUCCUCCACUAGCUGCUGUUUCGUUUCUGGGAUAACUUGGAAAAUCGUUACUUUUUAGCUUUUUAGCUUCAUGUUUGUGUUGUUGUGUUCAUUUACGAAAAAGAAAACUGGCAGUGUUUUUCCCGCCCUCUGGCACGACACUUUCCACCAUGCUUUGACCACGUGCUGUAAUGUAUCCCGAACGGGGGGUGCAUUGCGUAAUGUAUCGCGAUCGGGAUACAUUUGAUUUUAGUCAAGGCCACGUGACCAUGAAUCAGCCAAUGGCUGUCCUUGUUUAGUUGAGCGAAAGUCUAGGAAUAUAACAUGUCAUAUCCAACGCGCACUCUUUGAAUAAUUGUUAAAUAUAAACUUUUAAUAACACGCUUUCAUUCUCAAAAUGUCUUUAGCAUGCGCCCAUUUACCGCCUUUCCCACCAUCCGUGAAGGACUCUUACUAGUCCCAGACCAGCGACAUGCCCUCAACUCUUAACUCCUUUUAUAACUAAAGUUAUUGUAAUUAGAUCAAAGUGAUUUAUAUUAGCUUAAAAACUGUUCAUUUAUGUGUUUUAACAGACUAUACAUUUAUUACCUACAUUAAACUGUUAUAUUAAGACAAGAAUGAUGUUUUACGACAUCAACGCAACGUUAAAAACAAAACAAAAAAAGAAAUACAUUACAGUAGAAUUGCUGGAGAACGUGACAAGUUAUUGAUCGUUGGCCGCAAAUAAUGCCAAAAUUGGGUUUACUCAAAAAUAUCGUGUCACGUAAGGCUUACUCAAUCCUGUAUCGUGGGGCAUGUUAUGGCGAGGAAUUAGGAAUGCUUGGCCCACGGGAAACUUUAAUCGACUUAAAGGGUGCAAAAACACCCGGAGUAGGCAGUCGAUAAAAAUCGAUUGCAGUCAAGUGAUUUCUAUGGAUUGAUAACGGAAAUCGGUGAAAAUCGAUAAACUAAGCUGCUGUGUCAAAUCGAUAUUAUCGAUUUUCCAUGAUUAUGGAAGUCCGACAAGUUGUUUUUUGGCGUAAGUUAGAUAGUACAGCUAAGAAACACAUCCAUGAGUAACAACUGAUCAACAAACAUGAAAAUAAGAAAUGUGGAAACUAUUACAGACAAAACAUUCUCUCCAAAGCCUUUUGUUGAUAAUAACAAAAACGGUUCGGUUUAAUUACAUUCGCAGCUCUUGCAGGCAAGUAUCAAGAGAAAUACAACCUCAAUACAUAAAAGAUUUCCCAGCCUGAAUUUCAGACAUCCCCCAGAGUCGAAGGAAUGCCUGAAAUUCACGCUAAACAUUAGAUUUCCCUAGAUAGAUUUUAACCGGUUUCCGUUAUCAAUCGACAAAAAUCACUUGAUCGCUAACGAUUUUUAUCUAUUGACUACUCUGGGAAGUAACUAACACGCGGAACUGAUGUUAUUUUGAAAGGGUGGCAGAUCUAAAUCGUGAAAAACUGGGCGCCUACAAACCUGGCUAAUAUCGGCCAUCAGAAGACUUUAAACCAUGUUUUUAAGAAAAGGUAAGAUUUUUUUUUUUUGAAAAAAAGCAAGAAAGUAAUAAAUUGUUUGACCCUUCGACACUCAAUUGCAACUCAGUUGUCAACAAAUUAACUGUUGGCGUGAAAUCAGUUUUAAUUUUUGGAUGAACAGAAGAACAGAUGUAUCUACCGAUAUAAAGCAAUGAAAUCGGUAAAAUCUAUAUAGAUAAAUCGCUAAACGAAACGACUGUGUCAUCGAUUUCUACCUAUUGAUCGACACAAUCGAUAUCAGUUUUUAUCGAUUGACCACUCCGGGAAAAACAGCACAGACAAGUGAUCUAUCCCAGCAAUGGUUUAAAUAAUAAGGGCUGUUCUGCGGUACUGGUUUGAGAUGGCCGACUAGCACCUACCUCACGAUUAGUGGCUCUAAGUAUUAAAUGGUCCGAAAUGUUCCUUUCAGUCCUUUCCCGUUGCUUUUAAAUUAUUCCUAUUUUGUGUAUAUGAAGUGAAAAUAGGUUAAUUUUCUUUUAAAAGAAAAUUAAGUAUCUUGGGAAUAGCUGGUAUGAUUUUCCGGCAAAGCCUCUAAAGUUCUAUUCUCCACUUUCAGCGAAGGGGAUUAUCAUAACCAUACGCCUUCGUUAUCGGCUGACAUGUUGCUGCGAUCAUGAUGGCGGUACAUGAUCGGUGAAUAUAUCUUAUCGCCACCGAUCGUCAAGUGAUCAACGGCGUUAUCGGUUAAACAUCACGCCAAAAAUACGGUUUUUCUAAAGGCUUUGCAAUUUCCAAAAACAGUUCUAAGCCUGGCAAACUGGCCUUUUGAGCUAAGCAUUUUUAUCUUAUAAGAAGCUUACUAUUCUAUAUAAAAAUGCAAAGAUAGUUACGAUAAGGAAUUUUUUUAUACAUCAUUGCGAAGUUUUUUCCACAGUGGACCCUCUAUGCCCCCCCCCCCCCCCCCCCCCUUUUUGGGGGGGGUCCAGAAUGAACCCCCCAAAGGGGGGCAACGGGGCCAGAGCCCCCGCGGGGGGGGGGGGGGGGGGGACGAAAAAAAAAAUAUUCCAAGGGGGGAAAACAAAAAAAAAAAAAAAUAAAAGCCCCCCUUUUACCCCAAAAAAAUAUUUACCCCCUGCCAAAAAAAAAUCAACAAAAGAAAAAUUUAAAGCCCCCCCCCCAAAAAUUUUUUAAAUUUCCCCCCCCGCCCCCCCUUUCCCGCGGGGCGGGCCGGGAAAAUGUAGUUUAAUCCCAAAAAAAUAUUAUGACACGGAAAAAGCUGUUUUUAUGAAAAUAAUUUUUAUUUUAAAAAAAAUAUAAUUUUUAUAAAAAAAAAAAAAAAAAAAUUACAAAAAGAAAAUUUUUUUAAACUUAUUGGGACUUUUUUUCCCCAGUGGCCCCUUCUUCCCCCCCCCCCCCCCCGCACCUUUUUGGGCGUGCUACGAAGAUAGACCUGCUAAGAGAGAGACCUGGGAAACGACCCCAGCAGUGGGGAGCGAUAAGGGACUAACAAGACAAAGAAGAGACAAUUUUGUUUGGUUAUAACAAACGAACAAACUUGGUCAAAUAGGAACCCUUCCUUGAACAUAUAUUACCCGUGUAAAAACAUAACAGACAAGCAAUCUAACCAAGUAUUGUUAGGGGCCAUUCUGCACUAGAGGAAAAUUUGUUCCUUGCAAAUAUGUAGUAAAUAUGAGGAAAUAAAUGGCUGAUCUGAAUUUUGGUAAAAUUCUAAUAAUCUCAUGUGUGUCUUUCAGAGAAGGGGAUUAUCAUAACAAUAUGCUGCCCCUGGUUUCAGUCAGAGCAAGAUACGUCGCUUCUUGGAAUUGCCAUGAAGAAAGCAUUCCAUGACACCAAAAAAGUUUUUAUUACAUGGUUUGAAAACGGGAAUUGGGUUGUGAGACCAGAUGACCUUAUCAACUUUUUGGCGUCAUAUCCGUUUCCUCAGCAACCGAGCGCUGCUACUGAUUGUCCACCACGAGGCAUAACGGGUAAACAGCGAUUUCCAUACCCCUGUGAUUACAAGAUUCACUUACUUUCAGGGAAAACCGUGCUUGUAUUAACGCGCAUUCGUAAUGGAAUCAUCUCGGACCAGAUCAAUCAACCAGAAGAUGUCCAGUACUGGAAGCCUGGUUUUGUUGUACCCCGGGAAAUGAAGGCUAGUCUUUAUAAAAAGAAUACAAAAACCUCUAGCUGGGAACUUUUUAUUCUAAUGACUGAAGACGGAAUUUUGGCAUGCCAGGUGAAUAAAAAGGAUGAAAAAGACUGGCAAAACUUUAUACUUCUAGGCCUUGAUGAAACUAUUGUGUUACAAACGCAAUUAAGACAUGGACAGAUUUCCAUGGAAGAUAAACAUGCGGUUAUUAUCAAGGAAAAUCUGAGGAUUCCUCAAGAUCAAAUCACAAAGUUGGAUCAAGAUUAUAAGGAGACUCCUUCUGCUGACCUGUUUAUCGCGUCUGACUCGAAAGGAAACUUGAGAUGUAUUGUUAAAGUGGGUACCAGCCUUAAGAUGUUCACUUCUAUCAAUUCAUUUUGCAAUCAAGUUGCUGGAACAAAAUUAAAUCCGAUUUAG